UUUUUAUUUUUUUUUUUUAAUUUUGGUAGUAUUUUAUUAAGGCAGUGGAAAAGUUUUUAUACAUAUAGACACACGCAUAUACGCGCGGUUACGCACAGAGACGCACGCGCGCACACGCGUAUACACACACAAACACACACACACACACACACAAACACACACACACACACACACACACACUCACACACACACACAUAUACAGAUAUACAUACAUAUACACAAAGAAGUGGCAUUUUAUUAUUUUCUGUAAACGGUGAAACAUUCUACUGGUCAAUCGUGUUGGUAAAAAGGUAUAGAAAUACAUUUAGCUUCGUUCUGAUUUAUCACGUUUUAUUGUUUAUUUCUAAAUUUUCUGGAUUUUUAUGGAACUAAAUUAAGUAACACCAUUAACUCAAAGCCUGUUCUCUUGUCAGUCUCUUUAUAUUACAAUAAAAUAUUCCAAAAUAUUCACCCAAAAUCCGUAAAAUUCACCUUCAAAAUACAAACCGACACACCCGUUCCCCAAGAACAAACGGACAAACAAAUGAAACAGAUUCAUAAACACACAACGCAUAAAACUACAUUUCUCUCCCUAACAACAAUCCUCCUCCUCAAUUUUUCACAACAAGGGACUUCGCAACACCAAAACAGUGUCACAAUUCCUAUAUUAAGUAACUGCGUGAUCGAGGUCGCUCUUGCCAAGGACCUCUCCGAAGCAGGGAAGCUCUCGUGUUACUCUUCAGCAUGGAGGCGCCGCGAUGGAAGGACCAAGGCUACCUACCCAAGAGAUACGUUGUAGCCCUCAUGGCCUUCUUGGGUAUGGUGUUCAACUACAUGCUACGCGUCAACAUCAACCUCACCAUCGUCGCUAUGGUGAAGGCGGACAACUCGAGCAACAAGAGCGAGGCGGAGGAUGUCUGUGGGUUUGGCGGCGACGGCGACCAGGGGGAAUCCUUCGUUGGAGACUUCGAGUGGAACGAGUGGACACAGAGCCUGAUCACCGGAGCCUUCUUCUGGGGAUACAUAUGGACACAAAUUCCAGGAGGCAGACUGGCCGAGGUCUUUGGCGCCAGGCGGGUGUUCGGAGGCGCCCUCACCUGCGCCUCCAUCGUCUCCUUUUUCAUCCCCCUGGCGGCCAAGUCGGGAUCCGUGACCCUCAUCAUCGUCAGGGUCAUUCUGGGGUUGUCUGAGGGCGCCACCUUCCCCUCCACCCACGCCCUGCUGGCCACGUGGGCGCCGCCCCUCGAACGUUCCACGCUCUCGACCAUCAUCUACGCCGGCUCCCAAGCGGGAACUAUCAUUGCCUUCCCUCUGGCGGCGGCCAUCAUCGACUCCCUGGGUUGGGAAGCCGUAUUUUACAUCCAAGCCGGUUUGACAUUGGUUUGGUGUCUGGCUUGGUUCCUGGUGGUGUCCGAUAACCCGUCGACAGACAAGCGCAUCACGGAGGUCGAAAGGGAAUAUAUCUACGCUGCUCUUGGGGACAGCAAGGAGAGACAGGCUCCACCGGUACCAUGGAAAGAGGUCUUAACAUCCGUGCCUUUCUGGGCCAUUCUGAUAGCUGGCGUGGGGAACAACUGGGGUUUCUACACACUACUCACUGACCUGCCGCUCUACAUGAAGAAUAUGCUGCAACAGGACAUCAAAUCGAAUGCAGUGUUGUCCGGAAUGCCUUACCUGGGCAUGUGGAUCUUCAGUCUCAUCGUCAGCUGGGCGGGAGACAAGCUGCGCAGAGGGACCCUCUCUACUGUCUCAGUCAGGAAGAUUGCGAACACUAUCGCGCACGUGGGUCCUGCCCUGUGCCUGCUGAGCCUCGCCUUCGUGGAGUGCGACCGCGGCGCCACCAUCGCCAUCCUGUUCAGCGCCGUCACCCUCCAGGGCGGCAUCUACACGGGGUUCAUGGUCAACCACGUGGACAUCGCUCCUAACUUCGCCGGGACGCUCUUCGGAAUCACCAACGCCGCGGCCACCAUCCCCGGCUGGGUGGCGCCAAUGACGGUUGGGGCGCUCACCAACGGACAGCAAACGUUCGGGCAAUGGCGCAAAGUCUUCUACAUCUCCGCCGCUUGGUUCAUCGCCGACGCCUUAUUCUUCCUGCUUUUCGCCUCGGGAACGGAACAGAGAUGGAAUAAGGGCGAAGAAAAGAAAGAAGUCAUAGCGAUCGGAAAUAUCACCACAGUACAGUUCAACACGCCUCAAGUUGACUCUGCGUAUGAGGUCUAUGUCGUUGACCCCAACUUCAGAAAUUCUCACGUCAAUAUGGGUUUUAAGAGAGACUGAGACUUCGUGUAUUCGAGUAUCUUUAUUUAGCUGUAAUGUCAAGUUUAUGGAUGUGAGACACAAGGCAUUGCGUUUUGAGAAAUAUUGGUUUUAUUACACUCACUCACUCUCUCACUCUCUCUCUCUCUCCCUCUCUCCUCUCUCUCUUUAUAUAUAUAUAUAUAUAUAUAUAUAUAUAUAUAUACGAAAUUUCAAACUAUAGGUUCCCUGCUCAGGCAUCCUGCGUUGUCUGUUGCCUGCACUGUUUCCCUUACAAAAAAGUAUAUCUUUAUUGUAAAUUUC